AUCUAAUUUUUUUGUUUCAGAAACAUUUCUCUGAUAGUCGUGAUGUUGAUAAACUGACAAAAGUUCAAGGGGAAAUAGAUGACCUGAAAGAAAUUAUGGUUCAGAAUAUUGAAAAUGUGGCUAAUAGAGGCGAAAAGCUCGAGUUGCUUGUAGCCCAAACUGAUAAUUUAAAUUCUGCGUCAGUUACUUUUAGGAAGACUAGCAAAAACUUAGCUCGUUCCAUGUGUAUUAAGAAUGUGAAAAUAACAGUGAUUACUAUUAUUGUUUUUCUGGUUAUAUUGUACAUAAUUGUAUCAGCGUCUUGUGGUGGACUGAGUUGGCCAAACUGUGUUUAAAAAUAAGCUUUUUGAUCAAAAUAAGAACUGUUUAUUACUGUCCUUGUAUAUAUAAGCAUUUUAUAUAGAGUAUGAAAUAUAUGCAAAAAUAGAAAAUCUAAGUUUUUAAAGUUAAGAAGGGUUUAUCUAUUUUUGCUCAAAAGAAUCUUUCAUUAUUGUAUAUGGAUAAUAAUAAUAUGUAAGUUUACUGCAGCUUAGCGAAAAUUUUUCAAUGUGAAUCAUUAUAUAAUUUGCAUACUAAUUAUCAUAACUGAUAUUCUCAAACGAAGUUUAAGUUUUUACACUUCAGCUUCAUGUUAGCAAUCAUGAAGCUGAUUUUAAAUCAUGAUUGCAUUAUUUUUAAAAUUUUAUAGUUUACCAAUUUUAUAUGAGCAGUUUUAUUUUUGUAUCUUUAACCGUCUGAGCGUUAGUCACAGCUUUUUUUUAACUUUCAGAUGUUUCUGUGUCAAAAAAUUGGUUUCUCCAUGUCAUUGAAUCAGAAAAAAAUGCACAACAGGAAAAUUUCUAUGCUAUUUCAUCUAGGGGAUCAACCCCUUGGAGGGUUAAAAAAAAAAAAGCUUGCGGAUCAUUAUCUAAUCGGGUUUGCAUAUA